AUGGCCGCAUUGGCAAAGCAAAGGUUGGGCAACUGUCCCGACACCAAGCUCGUCCUCAGCGGCUACUCACAAGGAGGAUUCGUCUGUCACAACGCUCUCAGCGCUCAGGGUCUGGACGGUAGCAAGGUCGCUGCGGUUGUCUGCUUCGGCGACCCAUUAAACGGUCAACCAUUCCAGGGCGUUGACCCGUCCCGAGUCGUAAAGUUCUGCGACACCGCUGACAACGUCUGUCCCGGCGGACAAAAGAGCGGUGCUGGCUGGCAUCUGAGCUAUGGUAGUGACGUGCAAGCUGCGGCGGCUUUCAUCAAACAGGCAGUGGGGUUGUGA